AUGGCUACCCUCAGUGUACUUACCUUUGAUGCUGAGGGUCGUGCUGUUGACUUCGAGGUCUGGGUCGAUGACCUACAGCUCUUCCUACAGUGCGAUAGGGCAGACGGACUCUCCCUGUUCGAUCUCACCUCUGGUGCCUCUCCUGCCAGCACUGUUCGCUCACAGUGGGCCACCCGCGAUGCUGCUGCCCGUCUUGCUGUGCGUCGCCACUUACCGACCACUGAGCGUGCGCACUUUAGUCAGUACAAGAGUGCUAAGACCUUGUACGACGCUGUAGUUGCACGCUACUCUUCCCCUGCCACUGCUGCCCUUAGCCGCCUCAUGCUGCCGUACCUGUUCCCUGACCUCGCCGCCUUUCCCACUGUCGCUGACCUCAUUACGCACCUUCGCACUAGUGACACCCGCUACCGUGCUGCGCUUCCUGCUGAGUUCUGCGCCAAGAACCCCCCCCCCAUGUACAUCACCCUCUACUACAUAGUCACCCGGCUCCCUGACUCCCUUCACUCGGUCAGGGACCACUUCCUCUCUGUUUGCCCCACCACACUCACCGUUGACCUCCUCGAGGAGCGCCUCCUGGCAGCUGAGAAGAGUAUAGUCGCUGUAGGAGCCUCUCGUGGUGACCCUCGUGCCCCCUUCUUUGAGGGGUGCUCCCCCUUCCCCCUGUUGCCCUCUGUUGCCUCUGCUGCUGCCGUCAACCUCGUUGGCUUCGAGUCGGUCGGAGCUGCGUCUGCCCCUAGCGGGAGACGCCGCACCGGCAAGGGCAAGGGGGGCAAGGGCGCUGGAGGGGCUGGCGGGGGCGGUGGAGGUGGCGGUGGAGGCAGUGGAGGGGGUGGGGGUGGUGGUGGGAGUGGUGGCGGGGGUGGAGGUGUCGGUGGCAGCAGUGGAGGCGGAGGAGGCGGCGGCGGUGGCGGUGGGAGCGGCGGCGGCGGAAGUGGCGGAGGCGGCGGCGGCAGCGGUGGAGCUGGUCGCGGCUCUACGCAGAGGAGUGGCUCCGGUGGUGGUCCGCGCCAGCUGCAGCAGCGCACUCGUGAGACCCUGUCCCCCCAGCAGCUUCGUGAGUGGUACGCUGCGCGUCAGCGAGGUGGGGGUACUGGUCCCUGUACCUACGUCCUCCGUACCGGCGACCGCGCUGGUGAGCAGUGCGGGGGCUCGCACUCCACCCAGCGCUGCUUCGGCCGCCUGACGGACGCUUGGCUUCACCAGUUCCCUGACGCCACUGAGAUCCCUCGCUGGGGAGAGCUGUCUAGGGCGGGGGUUGCUAUCUUUGAUCUUGAUUAUGAUGCUAUUCUUGCUGCCAUGUAUGCUGUGUCUGCUAGUGAUGAGGGUGACUGUUACCUGUGUGUUCCGCCUGACCCGGGCAUUGAGGCUGCUGCUCUAGGUGCUGGUGAGGCUGCUGCUCUAGGUGCUCGUGCGUCUGCUGCCCCAGGUGCUGGUGAGUCUGCUCUCUCAGGUAUCACGUCGGCUCAGGCCUUACACACCUUCACCCUUGACUCGGGUGCUUCCCGCUCCUUCUUUCGAGACCGCACCACGCUUACGCCGCUUAGUCGGCCAGUUGCGGUCUCCCUGGCGGACCCCUCUGGGGGUCCUGUCCUUGCUCGCUUCUCCACUAUCUUACCGUGUCCGGCAGCCCCCUCUGGCACCCUGUCAGGUCUCUACCUCCCCUCGUUCUCUACGAACUUGGUGAGUGGUGCUGACCUACAGGAUGGGGGGGUUGACCAGUUCACUCCUGCGGGUCAGCGGGUGACCCACUGUACGUGUGCUCGGACGGGCCGACACUUGGCCACGUUUACCCGUCGGCCGGGGUCGAGCCUGUACACACUGACUACUGCGUCCCCUCCGGUUGCUGAGUCUGGUCAGGUAGCUGCGUCGAGUCAGGUGUUUGCUGCAGUGUCCAGGUCUGGUCCUGAGUCUGCUCCCUGCUCGUGUCGUCUCCUGUCCCACCAGACUCUCCUCUGGCACCACCGUCUUGGUCACCCCUCCCUGCCUCGUCUCCGAUGUAUGGCCUCCCGUGUCCUUGUCUCUGGUCUCCCCCGGUCCCUCCCUCCCCUCCCUCCGGGGCCUGCCCCUACCUGCGAUCCCUGUGUCGAGGGGCGGCAGCGCGCCGCCCCUCACUCCUCCAAGUUUCCUCCGACAGAGGCUCCGCUGCAGACUCUUCACAUGGACGUGUGGGGCCCGGCCCGCGUCCGUGGCCAGGGAGCCUUCUGUCGUGCACAGGGCAUCCGCCAGACCUUCACGCUUCCGGUCUCUCCACAGCAAAAUGGGAUUGCUGAGCGCCGCAUUGGCAUGGUCAUGGACGUCGCUCGUACGUCCAUGAUCCAUGCGGCUGCUCCCCAUUUUCUGUGGCCGUUUGCGGUUCGGUACGAAGCGCAUCAGAUCAACCUUCAGCCCCGAGUCUCCUUGCCGGAGACCUCCCCCACCCUGAGGUGGACGGGGAAGGUUGGCGAUGCGUCUGCGUUUCGGGUCUGGGGAUCUCGGGCGUUUGUCCGCGACUUGUCUGCGGACAAGCUGUCUCCCCGUGCGGUUCCCUGCGUCUUCCUUGGCUUCCCCCCUGACGCGCCUGGUUGGCAGUUUUACCACCCCACCUCGCGCCGUGUUCUGUCCUCCCAGGACGUCACGUUUGACGAGUCGGUGCCUUACUACCGUCUCUUCUCCUACCGCACUGCGCCCCUCCCCCCGCCGCCGCUCUUCCUUGCGCCAGGUCCUCCCCCGGUAGACCCUCUCCCCCCUCAGGGUCCUGCCCCGUCAGGUGUGUCCCAGGUAGACGCAGUCGAGCCUGUCGAGGUAGCUGUUGACUCUGGUGCUGCUAGGGGUGCUGAGCCUGCGGGUGCUUAG